AUGUCUGUCGGCGCCUCUGACUCCAGCCAGCUUGCCCAGGGCAUAAUCCUCUCUGAUGGCCUCGCCGGGCACGACCAUCGUAUCGAGGAACUCUUACUGAUGUUCGACCUCGCUCGGCCUCAUCUACCAGACAUUCUCUCUGGGCACCCUCGCCCGCUCGACUUCUUCGCCUUCGUCGAGCGGGCCCGCUACUUCGGCGCGAUCAUCGACGCGGGCGUCAGCCCUCCGAGAAACACCUGGGGGACAGACGUCUGGGAGUCGUCGCUCGGGAUUGAACCCCAGGGAGUUGACCUGCCGACGAUUGGCUUCGUCUACCUCUUUCCUGCGGGCCCCGAGUCCGAGCGGUAUGCUUGCCUGGAUGAUGGAGACGCUGCCGCAGACAUGGUGGACACGGGAGAGGUGGGAGCGGGAGACGCAGGCGCUAAGCUCCCUCAGGUGGCCCCGCACCUCAACAUCGGGAUCUACCUCUCGCCUACGUUCUCUCGCGGGGAGUUCUCGAUGGCCUCCCUGCGCCGCGCGCUGCAGGCGAUGCUGCAGUGCGCGUUCACGAAUCUACAGGCCCACCGGGUGCAGGUGCGCCUGCUGGAUGGCGUGGACCAGUUCUUUUACAGGGGGCUGUAUCAUGACAUGGGCUUCCGCGAUGAAGGCACCCGCCUCGGUGCCUUCUACGACCCAAUCGGUGCGCAGUGGCGCGACGAGCUGACGAUGGGAAUGUGCGCGACGGACUUUGACUUCCCGCGCGCUCAUGGAACGAUGUGGGAUGCGUUGCAGGCACGACAUGCGAGCGAACGGGAGGACCUUCUGCGCCAGGCGCACAGGCAGCCGUAUGUCCUGCGGCGCUCGUCGAGCAUGGACGCGGUUAUUACGAUCAACGACGGCGCUCCCAGCGCGACGACGUCCCGCGCUUCGAGCGUGGUGGCGUCCCGCGCCUCGUCCCCGCUUCCCCUAGCAGCGACGCCCGACCUAUGCCCCUCCGCGAACGACCCUGCCCCGAGCCUUACUCUGUCCGCGCCGCCCGCGAUUAAUAGCGCGGCCGAGGACAACGACGGUGGCUGGAAACCCGGCUGUUCGUUCCGAUUCUGCGACGACCCUUGCAGCCCCAUCGUGGAAGACGAUUAUCCUCCCACCGACUCCGAGGGGAGUGCGUCGGAUGCUGCGGAGACGUCUUCGGUUGGGUCGUACGAUAUGAUGAGCGACGUUGAUUAG